UUUUAAUUUGGGGGUGAAAUUAACCUCUUUAGGUUAUUGAUACUGAUUGUUAGCAUAUCUUUUGUGUCCCUCUGAACCAUUAUUUAUUUUUUUUCCCACUGGGAUUAGCUUUUCUUAGGUGAUUUUCUUUCUUUCUUUCUUCUUCUUCUUCUUUUUUUUUUCUUCUUGCUUCUGCUUCCCCCUUUCUUGGUUGUAGUACGGCCGUACCAUUUCAGCUUGCUAGUGCAGAAAGAUGUGAAUUCAGUUGCUGUAUGAGCCUGGCCUGGUGCAAACACAUUGCUAGAGACAUGGUAAAGAGUUCCAGGUGAAUCAAGCCCGAGAGAGACAACAGCAAAAACGAUAUGUGUCACAAAGAUGUCUACACGGAACUGCCAGGGAACGGACUCAGUGAUCAAACCCCUGGACACAAUUCCUGAGGAUAAGAAAGUCAGAGUUCAGAGGACACAGAGCACUUUUGACCCAUUUGAGAAACCAACUAAUCAAGUAAAGAGGGUGCAUUCUGAGAACAAUGCCUGCAUUAACUUCAAGACCUCCUCCACUGGCAAAGAGUCACCUAAAGUUAGGCGGCACUCCAGCCCCAGUUCGCCAACAAGUCCCAAAUUUGGAAAAGCUGACUCAUAUGAAAAACUGGAAAAGCUAGGGGAAGGAUCUUAUGCUACAGUGUACAAAGGGAAAAGCAAGGUCAAUGGGAAGUUGGUAGCCCUGAAGGUGAUCAGACUGCAAGAAGAAGAAGGCACACCUUUUACAGCUAUCAGGGAAGCUUCCUUAUUAAAAGGACUAAAACAUGCUAACAUAGUACUGCUUCAUGAUAUCAUCCAUACCAAGGAGACACUGACACUUGUGUUUGAAUAUGUGCACACUGAUUUAUGUCAGUACAUGGACAAACACCCUGGGGGCCUGCAUCCAGAUAACGUGAAGUUGUUUUUAUUUCAGUUACUGCGAGGGCUGUCUUAUAUCCACCAGCGAUAUAUUUUGCACAGAGACCUGAAACCACAGAACCUUCUCAUCAGUGACACGGGGGAGUUGAAGCUGGCAGAUUUCGGUCUUGCAAGAGCAAAAUCUGUUCCCAGCCACACGUAUUCCAAUGAAGUGGUUACCUUGUGGUACAGACCUCCAGAUGUCCUCCUGGGUUCCACAGAAUACUCCACCUGCCUUGACAUGUGGGGAGUUGGCUGCAUCUUUGUUGAAAUGAUCCAAGGAGUUGCUGCUUUUCCAGGAAUGAAAGACAUUCAGGAUCAACUUGAAAGAAUAUUUCUGGUUCUUGGAACACCAAAUGAGGACACAUGGCCUGGAGUUCAUUCUUUACCACAUUUUAAACCAGAACGCUUUACCCUGUACAGCUCUAAAAACCUUAGACAAGCAUGGAAUAAACUCAGCUAUGUGAAUCAUGCAGAGGAUUUGGCCUCCAAGCUCCUACAAUGUUCCCCAAAGAAUAGACUAUCAGCACAGGCUGCCUUGAGUCACGAAUAUUUUAGUGACCUGCCACCACGGCUAUGGGAACUGACUGAUAUGUCUUCUAUUUUUACCAUCCCAAAUGUGAGAUUACAACCAGAAGCUGGAGAGAGCGUGCGGGCCUUUGGGAAACACAAUAGUUACAGCAAAAGUCUAUCAAAUAGCAAGCAUUGAUGAGCACAGUAUUUGCAAAACAGCACAGGAUUAAGUUGUCAUCAUCCUGGGAAGAAAGAAAAAAACAUUAAUGAAGUGGCCAAUAAUAUGAAGGGAAUAAUGGAUCAGUCUCCUUUCACUCCCUGUGGAGGAUUUCACUUACAAGAAAAUUGAAGCUGGCAAGCCCCUGUUCUCCCUGCAAUUUAUUUAAAACCUUGCACGCAUUUGGAUACUUUGUGAUUUCCAAGAACUAUGUGAAGAUUAAGCUUUGCUUACUGAUACAUGGCAUGUAUUCUUUUCAGUCUUUUGUGUUUGAUUUUAUUUGAUUUCCCUCUGCAGCACAGUGUCUCUGUAAAGAUUUUUAUGCUUUCACCAGCCAUGUCUUAAAUACAUUAAGACAACACAUUUGGUGUUCACACUUCUUCAGUAAUGUCUGUACUUGAAAGCCACAUAGUGGCAUAAAGCAAUGUGUGUUUUCUUUGAGAGCAGUGUACAUUUUGCAGCCAUAGGAUGGAAAUUUUCAGCUAAAGCAAAAUGUUCUCUGAUUGACUUGACAGCUUGGUCCCUAACUCUGGAGUGCCACUUGUCACUUACCUUUUGAGGACAUUUGCAAGUGUGUUCUUGGAAAUACCUUCACAAUCACACACACACACACACACACACACACACACACACACGAUACCAGAGUCUGUUUAGCAUUUUAAGCGACUGAUAGAAUUUUUCAGAGUUGGUUGGAAGUGAAGAAUCAAGUGUCAAGGAUUAAGAACAUGGACAGGGAUAAGUAAAUUGCUUAUUUUCAACCUCUGGAGGUUGAGGUAACUUUUUAUGCAUCUUCUGAGUCUAGUCAACAUCUUUUUUUUUCCCUUCCCACCCCUCUGUUCACUUCGUGAUUAUUUUCUAAAUGGAGACAAGAGAGAAGGACAAAAAUGUGGAUACAGAAGAUUUGGAUCUGCUGGAUGAGCCCUGAAAGUCAUCUCUAAUAGUUAAUGAUUUAGAAGAAAAUUACAUUUAACUGAAGUUCAGGGUUCACUCAUUUACACCAAAGCAAAAAAAAAAUCACUUUUUAAAACAUUGCAAGCAUCAUUGGAUUAUCUUAGUUUAAACAAUCCUGGAAGAACUGUUUUGAGUGUGGGCUUUCAAGACAAUGCGGAAGUUUUGCUUUAAGGAUGGAAAGGGGGAAAAGAAAGGCCUGCUUUCCAUCUUCUAGAAGUUAAGUGACUUUGGAGGAUGAAGGCAAGUGUGUGACAAGAAGGGAAAAGUGGAUUGUGCAUGCGAUAUCCCAGAGGGGAACUGCCUACUGUCUCCCAGUGGGAUAGGCCUUCUAGCAGAAUCCCAGGAAAUACUGAGGCCAUAGGGACAGUUAAGAAAUUCAUGGACAGCAUGAAACCUUGCUCUUCAGAAAACAGACUGCUAUGGAAAAACAGUGUGUACAUUGUUUGCUGUUUUCCUAAUAGUCAGAAAGAUUAAAGGUCUAAAAAAUGCAUUGCACUUUUUUUUCGGCUUAAGAAUAGCGAUUAUGACCCAGUUUGACUAAGGUUCUGGAAAGUCAAGUGUGGGGAAAGCUUUUCUCUUGCCAAAUCCAGUAUAUUUGGGAUAUUGGACCUAGAAUCCCUAAACAUUAAAAUGGUACCUUCUUGGAAUGCAGUGUAUCUCUCUCUGUCAAUGUCUUAAUCCAUCUUAUCUAGGAAUAGCAUACAUUGUAGCUUCUAAGUGUUAGGCAAGGACUUGUUUACUGAUUGAUGUUUAAAAGAACAAAAUUAUCCAAGACUAGAAUGUUUAAGCUUUGCUAUGUUAAAAUCUUUCCCAUUAUUCUUUUGUACAUUCCAACUCAUAGGAGCCCUUUAGAGGUAUUUUGAUUUGCCAUGUACUUAAAUUAGAAUUCCUUAAAGUAAAUAUGGGAGGAAAACAUUCCAUGCAGUCAAAAAUGGCCUUUCCUGUGAUUAGUUUUAAAUGACUCAAUUGGGGAAGAGGCAGAAAUUUUGUAUUUUACAGUGUCUAACCUACAAGCAACUGAUGUCUAAAUCUUGCCAUUUGAUACACUUUCUAACAUGGGCAUUUGAAGAUACCUAAUGUUCAAAUACUUCAAUUAGAAAUGCUGGAGUUAUUUGGUAUACAUGCCCUCUGUCAUAGGCAGCUUCUUUUGGGAAAUGAAACAUAAUACUAUUCAGUGGGAGGAAAACCUAUUUUAUUACUGAGGCAAGCAUCUCAGAAGGUUGUGUUAGGAGACUUUCAGUUUCUCCCAUUCUUGCUGUCAGUAUAGGAAAUCCAGAGUUUGAAUGAUCUCUCUCUCUCUCUCUCUCUCUUGCCCUCUGCCAUCUGCAGUCACAUCCUCCCCCCUUUCCUUCUCUCCUGUUGCUGAAGGCAGCCAUGGAGAUCACUGCAGACUGUAUUCAGCAGAUUUUAUUAUUCUGUUGAGAAAGCACUGGAAUGUUUUUGUGAGAUUAUUUUUAUAUGAAGGGGUAGUGUGAAUUCAACCAGCUGAAAUAUUAGGACAUGUUAGCAUUGUGAUUAUAUCAGUGCUGCAUCAUAGCACACACAGUAUUCUGCAAGGGCGUUUGGGAAUUCAUUUCCAUUUUCUUAAAGGAACAGUUUGGUUCACCUAAAAUCACAAGACACAUAGGACAUGAAUCAAAUGUUUGUAAUGCUUAGAAAAAAAAAUAGAAGACAUAAGGCAGAGGCAGCUGUCUAUCCACUGAUACAAGGGUGAGAAACUAUUUCUACCUCCCAAGAGUGAUGAGAAAAGUUUCUAGGGAUACCUCCUGGCUUGCAGAGAAAGCAAGGCCACUAGGUAUCCUAUCUUCAAUGUGUAUAUGAGAGCCGGUGGAAUCAGUACCUAGGUUAUUUGUCUAUACAGGAUACUCAUGUGAAUAUUACUGUUUUUGUAAUCUUUGUUAUAUAAGAGGAUGUUUAGGCUGUACAUACUGGGGUAGAUUACUGCCUGCCCCCUAUACAUAGGAAUAUGCUGCAUAAUUACGCUUAACUUCCAUCUCCAUUACUGGUUUGUAGGCAGAGGAAAACAUAUAUGUUACUGCCUUGAGAUUUUCUAAUAUACCAAAAGGAAAAAUAAAAUUAAAAAAAAAAACCCAAGUAAAAAAAAAAGCAGUUUCUUAUUCUCAUUCCCCUUUAUGAAGCAGCAUAUUUUAGAGGCACAUACAAAAUCUACAUUCUCUAGUGGGAAGUGGAUUUAAAAUGUUUUUCUUUCAUCUUUUUUUAAUACAAUACACUGAGGUGAGUACUUUCUAACAGGUGGUUGGUACCUAAGAAAUGUGAUAGCACUAUUCAGAAAGCUAUUAUGCUUCAAAACAGCACAUAGUAAAGAGAAUGGAAUAAUACAUGUUGCAUAUUUGUUACCAAUUGUAAUUUGUCUGUAUUAUGAAAGAUGUAAUGGUUUGUCAACUGUCACUGUUGUUCUCUUGUAACAUGAUACAGAAUAAAGUAUAGCAGAAUCUGUA